AUGUCGACCGCCGAGCUUGCCAGUUCUUACGCCGCACUCAUCCUCGCCGAUGACGGCAUCGAAAUCACCGCCGACAAACUGAACACCCUCAUCAAAGCCGCCGGUGUCGAAGAUGUCGAACCCAUCUGGGCCACCCUGUUCGCAAAGGCACUGGAAGGAAAGGAUGUGAAAGACAUGCUUCUCAAUGUCGGCUCAGGCGGUGGUGCCGCAGCUGCUGCCCCUGCUGGUGGUGCUGCUGCCGCCGGCGGUGCUGCGGCCGAGGAAGCGCCCAAGGAAGAGGAGAAGGAAGAGGAGAAGGAAGAAUCCGACGAGGACAUGGGUUUCGGUCUUUUCGACUAA